AUGGUGCACAGUGGCAACCCAGUCUUGGAGUCCCUUCCACCGUUCAUUCACAUCGGGACGGCGCUCAUGGGCCUCACCUCUGUGCUGGACAUCUCGGUAUUCCGAGGGAGGGCCAAGGCGUUGGCGAACGAGGAGGAGAGCUUCAACGUGGCGGUGCUUACGGGCAGCAUCCGCUGCACGGAGAGGUCCGUGGGCCACAAGGAUGAAGAUCAGGAGGUGGUCCCCGGCGGCCGCCCGAAGCAGCCCAAGUCGGAGAGGACAGUUUCGCACCUCAGCAAGAAGGAGAUGCACCUCGUGGUGCGGGUUGCCAAGUGUGAAGGGCUGCCAGUGGGCGACACGGAAUUCGGCACGUCGGACCCCUUCCUGCGCGUGCUGUGGGACAACGGGGUGCAGACGUCCCAGACCAUCAAGGGCACGCUGAGGCCGGUGUUCAAUUUCAACACGUACUUCCCCGUGCGAUUCUUCAACCCCAGGAUUAUGAUGCCGAGGCACAGGGAGACUUCAUUGAUGUUCGAGCUGGCCACCAAAGGCGACAUAACGCUGCAGGUCUGGGACGACGACGGCACGUCUGCCGAUUAUCUGGGGGGCACCAAAGUGCACAUGUGGCAGAUCAUGGAAAGCAAGGUUAUACAGAAGCGCUCGCUGCUCGGGCAGGCUGCCAAGAUAAAGGAGACGGACCCCGAUGCCGACAUGGGCAGAGCGAAGGUGAAGCAGUGGUUCGAAUUGGAUCGGGAGGUGCGGGUGUUCGACGGCACGAAGACUGAGCUCGUGGGUUGCAACCUGCCCAAGACGGAGCCCGCGUACAUUUACUUCGAGGCCUAUUUUUAUCCGGACGAUUGGCCCGAUGAGAUGGAGGGCCUUCGGCACGAGGAGGAGGGCGAGCACAACGACGCUCACUGGAGGAAGAAGGAAGAGUGGUUCCACGCGAAGGCCUCAAAGUUCGCCCAGGUGUACGGGGCGAUCUACCCAGACUCCAUCGGGGCCUUCCCCCCUGCGUCGGACACUUCGACCGUGAGCAGGACCAAGCUGCUCCGGCGCUUCCCGAGCAUUGGCCUGCACCCACAGACGCUCACAGCCGUGCCGCUCAUGGCCUUCCUGGCGAAGAUCGUGGCGCCAGAGGAGUACACAAGGCCGGCGGCGCUGCUCCACUGGAUGAACUGCAUCACUUUUUUCUGCACCGAGGCGCAGGAGAAGAGCGGCAGGAUUUCGGAGGCCGGGUGGAAGGAUCCGCAGACGCUGCUGUCGGCCCGGAAGGGUACGGUUCAGGACCACGCCGUCCUCCUCUGCUCCGUCCUGCUGGGCAACGGCAGCGACGCCUACGUCUGCAAGGGCACGGUGUGGCGGGAGGAGGGCUCAUCGGCGACGGGCCAAGGCUCGCAGGAGAAGACACCGAAACUGGUGGAGCACGUCUGGGUCAUGACGCGCGACGAGGAGACAGGGUGGGUGACGUUUUGGGAGCCUUGCAGCCGCGAGAUGUACCACCUUCCGCACAGAUGCACCAAAAAGGAGAAGCAGACCUAUGGGAAGAAGCCUAAGAGGGCACUGUCCACCUUCGUGGGCCACCUGGGGGGGGACCAGCACGGCUACGGUGGCCUCCAGAGAGGCGAGUCCCGCCAGCUCGGGGAGGACGACUAUCAGUCUGGUCUCCUGGCAUCGAUAGGGGGCACGAACCGGCACGCCACGCAGCCCAAGGCGAAGGCGAAAAUGGGCAGCAGGGCCGCCAGGAAGCUUCGUGAGGACAACAUGGUCCAGGAGCGCCAGACCAGCGAUCUGGCGCCUGACCAAAAGAUGCUGGCGGACAUGGGCGGCAUUCAUCGUCCGACGCUGGUGGAUUGGUUGCCCUACGAUUCCAUCGACAUCGUUUUCAAUCGGGAGAACGUGUGGGCCAACCACAUGAACCACCACCCUGCGUGCAUCACCUACAAUAUGUACGAGACAGUUGUCGACGACGACACCGCAGGUUGGUUGCCGCUGCUUAGCAAAGAGGAGCAGAACACGGCAGAGUUCAAGGUGGACUACAUCGCUUCAGAGGAUGUCACCCUCGAGCCCGAGUCGCAGCCAGAACGGCUGGCAAAGCUUGAAGGGUCUCUGGUGGCUGAGAUGAAGGAGAACAUGAGGCUUUUCCGUCAGAGGAAGGGAAUGGACACCAAUUGGGACCGCGACCCGGGUCACAGCAUCCAGUCGGAGGUGGUCAAGUUCCUGGGUAUACUGGAGAUGAUGCGCAGGCUCGAUGUGGACUUCUGCCCAUUCGCAGACAAAGCUGGGCUCACGGAGGCGGAAAGCUACAUCGUCGAGCGCCUUGGGCUCGGGACCGAGAAGUACAACGUCCACGGUUCGCCCUUCCGGGACUCAAAAGGUUACGAGACCUACCCUGAGGAGCAGGAGCGGGAGUGGAACUUCGUGGUGGGCAGGGUUCAGAAGUUCCUGGACCGGAAGAAGUCGUUCCCCGUCAAGAAGGGGAAGGUCUUCCGGGGGCUGCCGAUCCACUUCGGCACGUCCGACAAGGACGAGAUCAGGAACUACCUGAUGGAGGACGCGCAGUACAGCGAGGAGAUCCUGGGCGUGGCCAGGGACGAGGGCGUCCUGUUUUCCGUGCACUGCAAGAUGUUCGGGCUGCUGGGCGGCGUCCAGUCCGUCUGGCUGUACUUCGGCAUCCAGGAGCCCCUGGAGCACAGGAAGGAGGCCCCCGGCGCCGGCGCCGAGAGCGCGGGCGAGCCCAAGAGCAGGAGCCUCGACGCAGGCGCCACGGGCGGCCCCCUGCCGGACAGCGGCGGCGGGGUCCUGAUGGACACGUGA